AUGAUAAGCCGCGACUCCAAUCACGACUUUGCGACUGACGACUGCGACUGCUGCGGUACCUUACCGCGGUGCGGCAGAUGCCGUGUCUCCGUACAAAUGGAUUCCACCCUUUUCCCAUCUACCCAUGUCGUUGUUGCGCAUCCCACCACCCAUGAGAGCCCAUGGCACGGCACAGCACCGAGGAUUUUACUCUUGACGCGGCACUGCUUCGUUGCCUACCUGGGACUAGGGCGGUCUGGGGCCGACAUGGCAGACUCGACUCCCGAGCAGAGCUUCUGCUUGAAGACCCUCGCAGCCCUCCACCUUCCACCUCCCCCGGGGAUGGUGGACACUCGUCGUCGACUCCUUCUCGAAGGAUACUGGACGUCAAACCUCCGACCCCACCGAGACAAGAUAGGACGGGACCAGGCUUCAGGUAUCGCCUCAGUAUCCGUUCUGCCAUCCUGCCCUCAAUCUCUCGAGGGUCUCCAGCCGCCCACCCAUGACUCUCAGGAACAGGAGGUUCCCCACGGCCGCAAUAACCAUGACCAAAGCAAGCCCGCGACGAGUGCCAGAGUGACUGGCGAAGUGGAUAGAGGAAAGUGGGUGGACUUGCCCUACUGA